GGAUCGACUGUGCGGGGUUUGAUUAGCCCGCCUGGUCACAGCAGCGGUCAGAGAUGGCGGCGCUGUCAGCUCCUCUACGAGUCUGCAGAGGAAUACUGAAAGAACUACGAGCCGCCCAUGGGUCAGGCUAUAAGAAGACCCUGGCCUACGGCUAUGUCAUGGACCAGUUUCGUAAGAAUAAGGUAACAGGAGAAAGGUACUGCCGUGCCCAGCAGGAGGCACACCAUGACUCACACACAUAUCUGUGUUUGCUGACGUCUACCAGGAACCACAUGCUCCUGCACAACCUUUACCAUGGCAAGGGAGAGCGCAGCCAAGAAGAAGCGGCUGGCCUCGUGGGGCUCAGGUUGCCCACUCAGCCAGGAGGUAAAGGCUGGGAGAAGUGAGGAAAUGGGUGGGUGUGAACUUGGAAGAAAAUCUUGACACUCUUCAGAAAUGACGUGUCUGCGGCUGUUUCAUCUGAUCUCAUGCAAUUCACUUCAUGUAAUCUCCAAAGGGAUAAAUAUUUGACUGGAGGCAGAAUGGAGAUUGUGCCAUCAUGGACUGAAGGAACUUGACUUAUUCCCGUUGUGUUGUUGUACUAGUGUUCAAUGGGACGAUAAUCUGAUCUGAUCAACUGAAAAUAUAUGCUGUGAUCAAAAAUCUGUUGUUCAGCUGUAAAUAUACUGCCAUCUACAGUUUAUCUACACCUGCUGUUGUUUGUUUUGUGGCAAUUUCCCUAACUGUUAAAAGGCAAAAGCAACCAUUCAAAAGGACUGUAAGUACAUUUUCAUUUUGAUUCAUUUGUCCCAUUAAAGUAUUAGUCACCAUUACACUUUCUGAGAUUUCUUUUUAAGGACACUGAAAAAGGUUACACAUUACAAUAAAAACAUAAACAAACAGCCUGCUUGCAUAUCACUUAAACUGGUAAUUAAAUGCAUCUAUUACUGUAUGUCCACGCACAUAAGGAGCCAGGCAAAAGUUGAGCAACAGGAAUAACUGAGAAUAUUUAACAUGUUUGUUGUAUGUGAAAUUCAUGUCACAUAGGCUCUGUGAAUUCAUGUAUUUAUUCUCUCAGAAAUGUGUGCAGGUGUUUGUGGGAUUCUUUACAGUUUGUCAAACCUAGAAACCUUUACUAUCAAAAGAGACGUUUUUGGCCAAACAUAAAAAAUAAACAUUUGUCUUGAGCUGCAAAACAUAUUUGACCCCUUUAUAAUGCUAAUUUCUCACCACAGAUCAAGCAUACCAGUAAGCUAGAAGCAUUGGUUGUGAAAGCAAACAAAUCUGUCCACGCACUAUCAAAUUCUCUAUUUUCUAGACUUAAGACUAGUAUGCCAGUAGCAACCACUUGAGGUUCCGGAAAAGGAAAAGGCACAAGGUUGGGACCUAUAAUGCACAUUUUAGUUGACGAAAUGUUACACAUUUUUACAAUGGAGAAUGUAAGAAUCACUUUAGGCCUACAACAAUUACAUUAUUUAUUUUUUUGACUGCCACAGGGGGCCACUGGAGAGGGGCUGUAGAGACGCAGGUUGCCUACCCCGUUCUACUCUCAUGCUUUUCCAUUAGUGCACAUUGGGGUGGUUCACUGUGGACAACCUUUGCUGAGACUUUGAUUUAACUGCACAGAUAUUGUUAAAACUGUAGUUGAGCAAAUAUCCCAUCUACAUUUUGUCACAUGUCUUUGUUCCUGAUGCAAAGUUAUACUUAUGCAGAAAAUGUUUGAGACAUUUGAGAGUCUAGUUUGACUUGUGCAGCUGUCUUUAUAACUGGUUUAGCUCAUUAAAAGUUCUAUCCUUUUUCA